GCCUUAAAUAAGAAUACAUUUCCUCUCCCCCCCCCACUCUUUUGCGUCGCAUUUGGGCACUCGGGGAGUUCCUACGGCUACCCACGCGCAAAAGCCAUUUGUGCAUUUUUCAGGCUCGGGGUCUUAUUUUGGGGGGUGGGGUGCGUCGCAACACCCUUUGCAGCACAGCCCAAACACAAAGAGAAGAACCCCCUUUUUAUUUUUGGCCGAGGCUUUUCCUUGGGGGGGGGGAGAGAACGGCUUCCCCUUGGCAAAGCUUCGCGGGGGGCAUAGUCCAGGAGCUCGCUAGCCCGCCCUCCCCGUCUGAUCCGCUGUGCUUUUAAGCCCGCCCCCCCUUCUCGGGGCUGCUCCGAGGUGCUUUGUUUGGCGUUGCGAGCCACCCGAUCCCCGCCGCUCUCCGUUGGGCCGGAGAAGCCCGUCCCGUCGCGGCGCCGUCACCCAGGGGGGGCUCUGGCGCUGGCCCGCCGGCCGUUGGCUCGCCUUUUGUUCUGCCCCUUCGCUGGCGACUCCCGGGGGAGGGGGACGUCUCGCUGCUGGCCGGCGCGCGCGCGAGGAGAGGGCGGGGCGGGUGGUUGCUUGGGGGGCGCGAAGGCGGCGUCGGCGCUGCCUGGCUGUGCUGCCCGGCGGAGGAGGCGAGGCGAGGCGGGCGCCAGCCCGGAGAAGAAGUGCACGCCGGCGACUAGGCGGCCCGCCCGGCAAGAUGGCGCAAGCCCGCGCAAGCUCCCCGCCCGGCCGCCGCUUCUCUGGCCGGAGGCUGAGGCGGCUCUGAGCUCGGCCUGCCCGGCGCGGACGCGUCUCUCGCGUUCGGCCCGGCGGGCGCACGUGUGCUUUGUGCGGCGCGGACGCCCCCUCGCCACGCCUGCUCCCUUCUCCCGUCGGGGGCUUCCGGACCCGCGAGAGUCGGCCGACUGCGCUGCUCGCUGCUGGCCGAGCGGGAGGGAGGCUCGGGGGGAGCUGCGAGGAGGAAGAGGAGGAAGAAGGAGACCGGCGCCCCCUCCCCACCGCGCCCCGGAGCCAAUGGCCCCCCGAGGCUGCCCGCUGGCGCCGGUUUGCUCGCUCGCCUUCCUGCUGGUCGCCGCCCUGGGAGGAGCAGAGUUGAGUCGUUCCACAGAGUUAGCGUUUACCAUAGAACCCAGCGACCACAUUGCCGUGCAGGAACAGCCACUGGUCUUGUAUUGCCAGGUGGAAGGGAUCCAUCCCAUCAGCAUCACGUGGCGGAAGAACGGGGCCUUAAUGGCGGACAAUGAGGGCACCUUCACCCUCGCAAACGGCUCGCUGUACUUCUCCCACUUCCAGAAACUGAAGGGUGACGGGUCUUCUGACGAAGGCGAGUACGACUGCAUGGCUCGGAAUCGCUUUGGGCUAGUGGUCAGCCGCAAGGCUAGGAUUCAAGCAGCAACUAUGUCUGAGUUCCACAUCCACCCCCAGAGUGUAAUGGUGGAGGAAGGCGGAGUUGCCCGGUUUCAGUGCCAAAUCCAUGGCUUGCCGGAGCCAGUGAUCAUGUGGCAGAAAAACCAUCACCCCAUCAAUACAGAUAAUGACAGGUACACUCUGCUGCCCAAGGGGGUCUUGCAGAUUACUGGGCUCCAAGCUGAAGAUGCUGGGAUCUUCCACUGCGUCGCCACCAACAUUGCCAAUGUGAAGUUUAGCCGCGGAGCCAGGCUGACCGUAUCAGGUUCCCAUUCUCCUGUGUACAAGGAUCCCAUGAUUCUCGUGGGCCCAGAGAACCUGACCUUAACUGUGCACCAGACGGCAGUCCUGGAAUGCAUUGCAACAGGAAACCCAAGGCCUAUCGUCUCCUGGAGUCGGCUUGAUGGUCGGCCAAUUGGCGUUGAAGGAAUUCAGGUCCUUGGGACAGGCAACCUGAUGAUUUCUGACCUCACAGUGCAGCAUUCUGGGAUCUACGUCUGUGCGGCCAAUAAGCCUGGCACAAGGGUGAGGCGGACGGCUCAAGGAAGGCUGGUGGUGCAAGCCCCUGCAGAAUUCGUCCAGCACCCUCAGUCUAUUUCCCGGCCCGUGGGGACCACCGCCAUCUUCACCUGCUUGGCGCAGGGGGAACCUCCUCCACAGAUAACAUGGUUGAAGAAUGGGCAGAUUUUGGAACCUACAGACCACAUUAAGCUGAAGAACAACAACAGCACACUAACGAUCUACAGCAUUGGCCAGGCAGACGAGGCCAUCUACCAGUGCAUUGCAGAGAACAGUGCCGGUUCCACCCAAGCCAGUGCCAGGCUGACGGUGCUGUGGGCCGACGGGCUGCCCGGCCCACCCCAGAAGGUGCGGGCUGCAACUGUCUCAGCGACAACCAUUCAAGUGCUAUGGAGUGAGCCACUGCAGAACACCAAGGAAAUCAUUGGCUACGUACUGCACAUCAGGAGAGUAGCAGACCCGGUGGAGAUGGAGUACCAAGAGGCCGUCAGCAAAAAUACCUUCCAGCAGCUCGUGACUGACUUAGAGCCCUCCACCACCUACAACUUCUACAUAAAGGCUUACACCUCUCGGGGGGCCAGUAAGGCCUCUGAAGUCGUGGUGGUGAGCACCCUGGGAGAAGUGCCAGCAACGCCGUCUCUGUUCAUUAAGGUUCUCAACAGCACCAGCAUUCAAGCAACGUGGGAGCCUUCCAUCAAACUGGGGCAGCAUGAAGGGUUCAAGCUCUACUAUCGCAAAGUGCAUCUUUCCCACUUCACUGGCCCCAUGUUUUUGGCCAGCAACAUCACAUCCUACAACAUUACUCAUCUUGACCCGUCAGUCGUAUAUGAAGUGAAGCUCCUUGCUUACAAUCAGCAUGGCGAUGGGAACUCCACUGUCCGUUUUGUGUCUCUUCGAGAGACCGUCGAAAAAACAGGGCUGAACCUGCCGUGCAACUGCAUGAAUGAUGAACAGACCAACAAGACAUCAGCCACUGGGAUCAUCAUUGGGAUCCACAUUGGAGUCACCUGCAUCAUCUUCUGUGUCCUUUUCCUCAUGUUUGGGUACCGAGGACGGCUGAUGAUGUGCAAAAACGUGCAGGAGCCACUCUCGACCCCGCAGGUCCCAAGAAGCCAGAGGCAUGCUGUGGGCCUUACCAUGAACGGGUCAGCUCAGAGGGACAGGGGCGACCCAGACAUGAAUGGGAAACAGCUGGAUAUGAAUGAGCUGGAAAGGCUGUUCCCAGAGUCUCCUCCCCUGCCUGAUCAACACAAUAAGGGGACAGCGCUGGAUCACACUCCUCCUACCUCACAUGAUGAAACCCAGAUAUCCACGCUUCCACCGGAUGACUUCAGCAUCAUCGAAGAGGAAAGUGACAGCCUGUUUCAGCACUUGCCCUCCAGUCCCCACAGCAGGGCCUUGCUCAGUGUCAGCCAAGAUGAGCCGGCUUUGAACACAGCUCCAACCAAUGAAGGAUAAUUGCCAAGAUUUGAAGCCUCUUGACUGGACUCACCAGCCAUCAUUUUUCAUGUCUGGUGAUGUCUUUAGAAAUGACUCCAUCAAUCUCAGGUCAAUUUAAGAUUUCUGCAGUCUGUUUCUUAAUCUUUUAUAUAUAUAUACACACACACACAUAUAGAUAGCCUAGUGGAAGCUCUGUGAAAUUUUAUCUUUCCAACCUGUCUCAGGCCACCUGGUACAUUCCUUCCCACGUGGAUCUCAGCUGUUCGUCCUACAGCUCAGCUGAGUUGGUGGCUUCUCAAGAGUCCUUUGCUGACUCCUCAGUAACCAUUGACUCUGAGCGAGAUGGGACCCACGUCUUGUCUUGAUUUACCAACAUUAGGCACUUAUUGGCAGCUUUAGAGUGAUUUAUCCCCAUGGAUCUACUUUUAUAUGACAUGCCAAGGUAACUGAUUGCCACGGGGGCCCUUCUAACGUGGCUCCAGAAACGUUUGGGAGCUUGGUUGGCCAAAGCUCUCCGUGGAUUUGAUGACGUUUUCGUCGGAUGUGUUCAACUCUCUCUCUCUCUGUCUAAUUCUCAGGAUGUUUUGUUGCCUACUAACUGUUUUAAAGGCAAGGUGAGUGUGUCAAAAAAGAAAAAAGUUAAAAAAAAACCAGGCCUGCAAGAAACUGAAAAAAGAAAAGAAAACGAAAAUACUUGGACUGACAUCCCGAGUCAAUUCAGAACCUACCUCAACCGGAAUUGAAUGUCUUUUGGGAAGAAGCAAAAUAUCUUGUGUCUUCCUUUUGUGUUCAAAGCAAGUAGCAUAGCACUUGGUCAGUACAUGUUUUGGUACUACCUCAGAGGUCAUACUCCAUGUCUACCAUGUUGGUUUUUGGCUAUUUUUUUUAAUUAUUAUUAAGUAUUCCCUUAUCGUCGUCAUCGUUCCAAUGUAAAGCACUUCCAAACCCUUGAAAGCAAUGUUCUACCUCAAGAAGUUUUUUAUAGAAGAACCACGUGUUGUGUUGUCAGACCACCUCGCCCUUCACCUCUCUUUCCACUCGGCUCCAAUAUUCCAAAAGAGGAAUGAUGGAGAACAACGGGGAUUCAUCUCCAGUAGUGGUUGUCGAUGGCAUUUUUCCUUUAGUGCUAUAAGCGUGACUUUUAGGCAAGUUGCUAGUUAACUUGUGUAGAGGUUUACUGUGUCAAGACUUGUUUUUAUAUCAUUUUUGUUUGGUCGUUUUGGGGUUUGUUUUUUUUUAAAAAAAUUGAAGAUUUGUUAGGGUUGUAGUAAAAAGCAGGCCACCGGUCACCUAAAGAUACACUUUCGCCUGUGAUGGGUAGCUACUGGUCAUGGGUUACUACUGAAGAGCUUCUCUCUUUCCAGGUAUUAUCCCUCAGAGCUGGUUCACCACAUGUGGGUUUACUUGAUGGCUGAAAUAUCAAGCGAUCGUUGCAUGUGUGAACGGGGCAUCACAGAGGGAGAACAUUCGUAUCGCUUUGUACAUAAAGCUGUUUGGUUCAGUUCACACAUUCAGUUUCCAGUUCUCAAAUGCCUUAGACCAUUGGGCCACUCCACUCAGUUUUGUCUCAUAGGAACGUACGAAGCGGCCUUAUCUGAGGCAGAACUCAGGUCUACCUAGCCCAGUUCCGUCUUCUGCAUGCAAAGAAGAUACUCCACCAGUGAGAGUCAUAAGCCUCGUCCUCUGUCUUGUAGCAGCUCUUUAGGGUCUCAGGUUUCCUGGUGCCAGAGAUCCUUUUUAAUGGGAGAUGCUGCAAGGUUGAAGCGGGGACUUCCCUGCAUGCAAAGUAAGUGCAACUGAGUGAUAUUCCUGUGCCCUCCUAAACAUAGGAAGCUGCCUUAUACUGAGUCAGACCAUUGCUCCUCUAGCUCAGUCUUGUCAACACUGACCGGCAGUGGCUCUCCAGGGUUUGACAAGGGUGUCUCCCAGCCCUGCUUAGAAAUGCCUGAGGUUGAACCCGGACCAUCUGCAUGCAAAGCAGGUGCCCUGCCACUGAGCUACAGCCCUGCAAUGUAACAUAUUGUGUGGAAGAGGAGCGUCCUGUUUCAGUGGAACCUACUUCCAAGCUUGAGUCAGCCCAUCAAGCCAUGCACUGCCUGCUCUGUGUGGCAGCAGCUUUUGGAAUUUUGCAGGCAGAAAGGAGUCUCUCCUAGAAUCCUUCGGUUUGAGAAUUUUUUUUUUUUAACUGGAAAUGUUAGCGAAUGAGCAGGGGACUUCAUUCAUUCAAAGCUUGGACCACCGAACGUUUGUCCCCUAAAAUAUGGAACACCGCACAAAUGUGUGUGUCUUUCCAGUGGAGGACGAAGGAGGGAGGAAAUGGGGUCAUGUCAAUCUCUGUGCCAUUCCAAUGUUAGCACUUAAUGCCGUCCAAGUGAUCAGCACAUGUUUGUGUAAACCAGAUCUGUUUGUUAAAGGGUGUGCAUCUCCUGCUGAGUCUCCAAGCACUUACUGCUGCCGGCCAAGUUCCUUAACAGCCAGCCUCCCUCUGCUGAGAUGUCCCUCGUUUCUCACCCCACGCCCAUGGCCGUUGCUCUUUAGGUCAUCGGUGGUGGCACAGCUGGUUAUAGACCUCAUAUUUGAAGCCUUAGAAUGUAGCGUGUUUCCUCCAUAGGCGGAUGACCUACCUCAGUACAAGUAGUCAAAGCAGCCGUAUGGUGUUGAAAAAAAAGGAUGGGGAGUCUCUCUGAAAUGAUCAUUGUUGGGAGGAACACCCUCCACUGGGAUGGGCAAAAGGAUUCUGUGAAAUGUGUAUGGGGUUCCUUUUGGUUAGGCGAGUUUCCCCAUUUCUUUUCCAUAGAAGGGGUAAGCAUGCCCCCGAUGUGUGCAGGUACUCUGUGGACUGCCUUCUCGUCCUCCAGAGAAGCCACUUCAUUUUCAUGUUUGUUUGUUUAAAAAAGUAACGUUUAAUUCCAAUAGCUAUUUUUAUACAUGGUAUUAAAGAUAAAAAAGUUCUUUUAAUAAUAAUAAUAAUAAUUCAAUGUUGUUUGAAAGAGAAGCAAAAGAAAUCAAAGAAACGUGUGUGGGGAGAGGAAGGGAAGAAAUGAGUUAAGCGGUAACAACAGUAUUUAUGGCCUUUUAAAAAUAAACUGAUUAAAAAUUCCCUGAAUUCUCCAUUGUGAACCACCAGCAUU